AUGAAAUGGAAAAGCAGUUCACGGAAAUUACAACAAUUCGGUCAACGAUUGACCGUAACACGACAGUAUGACGAGUUAGCUGCAUACUUUCAUUUGACAAUUAUUACGGUAGCAGCAAUUUUAAGUUUUAGUGGUAAUAUCAAUGGUAAUUUUGUAUUUGAUGAUCGAGAAGCUAUCAUCAAUAAUAAAGCUAUUCGACAAAUUGGAAAAAUUUUGGAAAGUGAUUUUUGGGGUUAUCCGAUACGAUCAACACGUAGUCAUAAGUCAUAUCGUCCGGUUACUACUAUUACUUUUGCGAUCAAUUAUGCAAUAUCAGGUCUUCAUACUACAACUUAUCAUAUUGUUAAUAUCACAUUACAUGCAAUUAUUUGUGUAUUACUUUAUAAAAUACUAAUUAACCUAUCAAAAAUAUUUUAUGAAAAAUAUCCCAAUCGGAUAGCUUUUCAUGUUUCAUUGUUAUUUGCAAUCCAUCCAAUACAUUCUGAAGCAGUAGCAAGUAUAGUAGGUCGAUCUGAAUUAUUAAUGACAUUAUUUACACUUACUGCAUUACAUUUAUACAUCAAAUGUUGGUGUAAAUCAGAAUUUUCAAUGAAAUCAAAAUUUACGAUUGUAUCACUCAGCGCAAUCGCAUUGUUUAGUAAGGAACAAGGAAUUGUUGUUAUGCCACUUUGUGCAACAUUUGACAUUUGCGCAUCAAAUAUUUCACCAAUUCGAUUCUUUAUUGCAUUUAGAAAACGAAUGAAUAGUGAUGGAAGUAAUAAUGAAAUUGAUAAGAGUACAGCACAUAUAAUUCGUAGUUUGGAAUGGAGAAAUGAAUUAGAUUUAUACAAAAGUGGCUUAAAAGUUUGUCCAAAUAAUGCAAAAAUUCAUUAUAAUAUAGCAAAAAUUAUGGCUGAUAACGGUGAUAUCAGUCGUGCAACUGUUAAUUAUGCAAAUGCAAUAAGGUUAAAUCCCACCUACGAAAAUGCAAUGAAUAAUUUAGCAAACAUUUAUCUUAAAUAUGAUCGAAAUUUGGAAGCUGAACAACUCCUUCGUAAAGCCAUCAAAAUAAGGCCAAAUUUUGCAGCUGCAUGGAUGAAUCUUGGACUUGCGCAAUUGGCCCAGAAACGAUAUAAAGAUGCGGAAAAUAGUUUCGAACAAGCACUCAGUUUACGUUUUCCGUAUCCGGAUUGUUUAUACAACAUGGGCUUACUUUAUUUGCAACAAAAUCAAAAAACCUAUGCAAGGGAAAUUUGGCAAAAUAUUACCAGAGCAAAUCCUAGUCACAAACAAGCCUGGUUGAAUUUGUUGGUAUUACUUGAUGAGACAAAUAAUUGUGCGGAAGUAAUUAGCCUAGCUGAUAAGGUGCUUAAAUAUCAUAGCAAGGAUGCAUCAAUCCUUUCUCAGCUAGGCACUUGUUAUGGUAAACUUGGACAGUAUGACAGUGCCGAAAAGUUCCUACUAUCAGCUGUAGAAUUAGAACCAACAGCAAUAACUUAUUGGAAAAAUAUCGGUACACUUUAUCAUCGUUGGAAUAAAUUUGAGAAGGCAAAAUUUGCAUAUUUGAAAGCAUUUCAAUUUCAACAACAAUCUGAAAAUGUUCAACGACACAGGAAUAAGUUGACAACAAAAUGA